UGACCUGCUUCGAGUACAGUGACGUGACCUGAUGCUAGCCGAGACAGCGCUGAAGGCCGAGACUUCCUGAGGACCACCUCAAGUUACCGGCCAAGCACACUGUCAAGCACACCCACCAUUAUAUGAGUCAAUAUAUAGCUAAAACUGUGCUACUACUUCCUCAAAUUGACCUGGACCAGGGGCUCUAUGGUAUGGCACACUGGAGCUCUCUAAAUGUUUUGGACGCCGACGCAAAGUGGUUGGUGUGGGCCGAGUCACGCUUUGCGUCUAUCGCGGGCAAAGACACGGACAUGGACCGGGAGAGCUUCAAGAAUGCUUUGGACGUACGAAAUGUAUUUUUCGCCGACCGGUUCUUUGAUUUGUUGGACAAUGAUCACAGUGGGACGGUUUCCCAGCGGGAAAUGAUGGACGGUCUUUUCCUUCUUACCAAGGGAACCAAAGAGGAAAAACUCCGGUUCUUCUUUGACGUCUACGACUUAGACGAAAAUGGAACCAUCGAGAAAAACGAGCUGCGAGCUCUGUUGAAGACGGGAGUGGAGGAGAGUUCGUUGCAACUCAGUGAUGGGAAAGUAGAUCAUCUAACGGAAACGCUGUUUAACACUGCAGACCAAAACAGCGAUGGCUCCAUCUCAUUUGAUGAGUUCAUGACAGCACUUAAGCGGUACCCAGAUCUGCUGGAAAAUUUCUCAAUCGGUGCAGCAGCUUGGCUUAAAGACUCUCGACCCAAGAGACGAGGUUGCAGAGGUAUACCCUGGUUACGGGUGAACUACUUGCAGAAUAAUAUCCAACGAAUCGCACUACUUCUGAUCAUAAUCGUCGUGACUGGUGUCCUCUUUGCAGAGGCUGCCUACCGCCAUUCAUUUAACCCGGAUUCUAACUGGUGUUUUCUGAUUGCUCGUGGUUGUGGUCAGGCUUUGAACUUCAACUGCGCCAUUAUCGUCCUCAUGAUGCUUCGUAAAACUUUGAGUUUUCUGAGGUCGUCGACCUUGCUGAUGCAAAUCCUACCCUUUGACGACAACAUUAUGUUUCACAAAUUUAUCGGGUACCUAGCUGCAAUCCUAGCACUCACACACACCUUGGGUCAUGUUGGCAAUGCAUUGAUCUUAGAGACAUACAAGAACUUCACGGCAGUCGAACUGUUAUUCACCAACCCUACCCUCCUACCAGUCGGGCUCCGAGUGGGCAAGCUUGUUGGAAGUGCCUUCAUCACAGGAUGGAUCCUAGACAUUGUCUUCUUGAUUCUCAUCUUGGGGUCACUGAGCUACGUCAGGCGGUCGGGCCAUUUUGAGAUUUUCUACUGGACUCACAAGAUCUGCUACUUUCUCUUCUGGUUCCUGCUAAUCUUACACGGUCCAGUGUUCUGGGCGUGGUUUGUUGGCCCUCUCAUCCUCUUUCUUCUUGAGAAGUUCAGUAACCUUCAAAUCAUCCGGCGCCUUCGCCAUGGGAAGACGUAUAUCAAGGAGGCAAACCUGCUACCCUCGGGAGUGACACAUUUGGUCAUGACCAAGCCGCGUCACUUCAAGUACAAAGCAGGGGACUACGUUUUUAUCAAGAUUCCUGAAAUAGCAAUGAACGAAUGGCACCCGUUUACCAUUAGCAGUGCUCCGGAACAGGCAGGUCAUUACUUGUUGCAGGUGGAUUUUAUUUGGUUGAAUCGAAACCACACGGCCUUUGAGUGGUUCGUAGACAUGCUGUUGAAUCUGGAGCAGGGGCAGAGUCAGUACUCGUUGGAUCGGUUCUUGGAUAUCCCUCUAUUCAUGACAGGCAUACAGCGCUUUGACAUGAAGAAUUUUGGCCUCCAGAUGGCGCUAGACUUGGUCCAUGAGCAGGAAAACAGGGACUUGUUGACUGGACUACGAACUAAGCUGCAGGCAGGAAGACCCAACUGGAAUAAGCUCUUCAAGAAGAUUAAGGACGAGGAUAAGGGAAGAGUGUCGGUGUUCUUCUGCGGUUCGCUGGCCUUGGGAAACGUCAUCAAUAAACAAUGCCAGAAGUUCGGCUUCAUAUUUCAUAAAGAGAAUUUUUAGAGC